GACAUGGUAUUGGGCGGAAUGAGAGGAAUGACUGGUUUACUUUGGGAAACAUCCUUACUUGACCCAGACGAGGGUAUUCGGUUUAGGGGCUUGUCUAUACCUGAGUGUCAGAAAGUUUUACCAGCUGCAAUUCCUGGUGGAGAGCCAUUGCCUGAAGGUCUUCUUUGGCUUCUUUUAACCGGAAAGGUUCCGAGCAAAGAACAAGUAGAUGCUUUAUCAGCGGAACUGCGACAACGUGCUUCAAUCCCAGAACACGUGUACAAGACAAUUGAUGCGCUACCAGUUACUGCCCAUCCAAUGACUCAGUUUUGCACUGGUGUUAUGGCCCUUCAGGUUCAAAGCGAAUUCCAGAAGGCUUAUGAGAAAGGGAUCCAUAAAUCAAAGUAUUGGGAGGCAACAUACGAAGACUGCCUUAGUUUGAUUGCUCAAGUUCCUGUUGUGGCAGCUUAUGUUUAUCGGAGGAUGUUUAAGAAUGGACAAAUCAUACCACUAGAUGACUCCCUUGAUUAUGGUGGAAAUUUCGCACAGAUGUUGGGAUUUGAUAGCCCUGAGAUGCUUGAGCUGAUGCGGCUUUAUGUCACAAUUCACACUGAUCAUGAGGGUGGAAAUGUUAGCGCACACACUGGCCAUCUGGUGGGUAGUGCACUUUCAGAUCCUUAUCUUUCAUUUGCAGCUGCAUUAAAUGGAUUGGCUGGCCCGCUCCAUGGAUUAGCCAACCAGGAAGUGCUGCUGUGGAUUAAAUCUGUUGUUGAUGAAUGUGGAGAGAAUAUCUCAACUGAACAGUUGAAAGAUUAUGUUUGGAAGACGUUAAACAGUGGCAAGGUUGUACCUGGAUUUGGUCAUGGAGUUCUACGAAAGACGGAUCCUAGAUACAGCUGCCAGAGAGAAUUCGCGUUGAAGCACUUACCCAAUGACCCACUUUUCCAAAUGGUGUCAAAGCUGUACGAAGUGGUGCCUCCUAUUCUUACAGAGCUUGGAAAGGUAAAGAAUCCCUGGCCGAAUGUUGACGCUCAUAGUGGAGUUCUGCUGAACUACUAUGGUUUAACAGAAGCAAGGUUCUAUACAGUUCUGUUUGGGGUAUCCAGGAGUCUUGGGAUUUGCUCACAGCUCAUAUGGGAUCGAGCUCUUGGCUUGCCACUGGAGAGGCCAAAGAGUGUAACGAUGGAAUGGCUCGAAAAGUUUUGCAAGAAAGGAGCAUAAAAACUGAUGGCAUAUCAACUUUUUACUGUUCUUGGCGAAUAGUAUACAAUAACCUAGAUUCGUGAUACAAGUAUCCUUUUGGAAAUGAAAGGAUAGUGAGGAAUUUAGGCCUCGUUUGGUUCACAUGGGAAGUAAUUUCCCAUGGGAAUUUACAUUUCAUGGGAAAUUCUUUCCCAUGUUAAUUUCCUAGGAAUUAGACAAAAUUGUUUGGUUGCCACCAUAGGAAAUUGCAUUUCCUAGGAAAUUACUCACCAAGGGGGGGCUUGGUGAGUGAUUUCCCAUGUUUCAUGGGAAAUUCUAUUUCCCUUGGAAUUUGUAUUUCCUAUGUUUCUCUCAUUUCCCUCCAACCAAACACAACACCCAUAAUGUAUUUCCUAGGAAUUUGUAUUUCCAAGGGAAAUAGCUUCCAACCAAACAACA